AGAUUCUUCUUCUCGUGCCGCUCUACACUCGUUUCGCAUCGAGCCGAAGAGAUGGUGGAAAUGGACGAUAGGAAAGAAAGGCCUGUAAUUUUUAGGGAUAUCAGAAGAUAUUAUUGUGAAUUCUGUGGGAUUUGCCGUUCCAAGAAAUCCCUAAUCACCUCUCAUGUGCAAUCUCGACAUAAGGAUGAGUUGAUUCAGAAAGAAGCUGAAAAUGGGCAGCAAGAAAAUAAGGGUCCGAAGAUGAAUGUUUGUGAAGAGUGUGGAAUUAGUUUCAAGAAACCUGCUUAUUUGAGGCAGCAUAUGCAGGGUCACUCAUUUGAGGUUUGUUAUUACUCCCUUUUUGGCUUCGAUUAGGCUUUUUUUACCGGGAAAUUCACCAUUCAAAGAUAUCAAUUCUGAUAGAGGAUUUAAUCUGAGUUCUUGUAACCAGUUUUAAUAUAUAACAAGGUUCUCUUCCAUUUUGGUUGUCAACUAUUCCAACAUGUUGAAAUUUUCUACUAAACUGAUUUUGCAACUUGUUCUUGGUGGUUUAAGAGCUACUUGAGUACUAAUAAGUUAUCUUUUGGUUUUGGGUUAUUCGUUUAGGCGUGAGGCAUUGGAUCCCACAUUGAGAACUCCGAAAUGCUAGAGGCACCAGGGUGGCUUGAAUGGACUAGUAUCAGGUAGGGGGACCUCCUGAGAAGACCUUCAAGCAGCAUGCCUCUCUCACGCUAUCAUCAGCUGAGGUUUGGGAUUUUAUCAUUUCGUAUGCCCUGAUUUGGAUCAUUUUUUUUUCCUGUGGUUUCUUUAAUAAUCAUUCCUGUGAGUUAACUUUGGUUACGAUGUUGCAGAGGCCUUUUAAGUGCCCAGUUGAUGGCUGUCACUCUAACUACCGAAGAAAGGACCACUUAACUAGACACUUGCUCCAACAUGAAGGGAACCUAUAUGAAUGCCCUGUUGAUGGUUGCAAUAAAAAAUUUACCCUUGAAGAUAACAUGAAGCGGCACAUCAAAGAAUUUCACGAAGAUGUUUCCUCAAGUGAUUCUGAUAACUCGAAGCAGUAUGUCUGCCCGGAAAUUGGGUGCGGGAAAGUGUUUAGAUUUGCCUCCAAGUUACGAAAGCAUGAAAAUUGCCAUGUCAAGUCAAAUGCGAUGGAAACUCUCUGUUCUGAACCGGGCUGUAUGAAGUACUUCACGAAUGAUGAAUGUCUUAAGGAGCAUAUUCAUUUGUGUCACCAGUAUGUUACCUGUGAGACAUGUGGGACUAGGCAGCUGAAAAAGAACAUUAAACGGCACCUUAGAUCACAUGAAGCAGAAUUAUCUCAUGAUAGAAUAAAAUGCACCUUCGAUGGCUGCCUCCAUUCGUUUUCAAACAAGUCUAACCUAAAUCAGCACAUCAAAGCAGCGCACUUGGAUAUCAAGCCGUUUGCCUGUAGUUUCCCAUCCUGUGGAAUGAGAUUUUCUUUCAAACAUGUGCGAGAUAAGCAUGAGAAGUCUGGUUUGCAUGUUUUCACUAUGGGGGAUUUUGAAGAGGCUGAUGAACAAUUUAGAUUAAGAGCUAGGGGUGGCAGGAAAAGGAAGUCCCCAGCUAUAGAGGCAUUGAUGCGGAAACGGGUUCUUCCUCCAUCGCAGUCAGAUCCAAUUUACAACCCAGAACGGGAGUAUCUGUCAAGGUUGCUCUCUACAGAAUCCGAGGAUGAGCUAUGAGUCUCUGUAGAUAUUUCUUUAGAAUAUGGAGGUUUGAGCAAUGAGUCUGUUUUGUUAGUGUAGAUAUCUGGUUAAUAUAUGAAAGACAGGGAUCAGUUGUGAAAAAAAAAGUAGCAGGCUUUUGUGCUGAUGUAUCAACCUCUAUCAAAGAUCCAGUAUAAUAUAAUAUACCCCAAAGUUGCUACAAAAUACAUUACUUAGCAUUUUGAAGUAACAACUCUUACAGUGGAAAUUGUAAUCCAAAGAACAGAACAGAGCAAAAAAUUCCAACCCAAAGUACAUAACAGAGUAAACAAAUGUAAUGAAAAACUGUGAUGUUCCCCCAGGUUGUAUAUCCUUG